AGGUUGACUUCUGACUUCUUGCUAUGUACUGACUACGGCGUUGUACCGCUUAUUUGUUAUUUUAUAAGAAGACGGUUUCACCUGCAGCAGUCGUUGUGCCUCGUGCCUUCUUUCACAUUUCCAUUCCGCAUUUUUGCCUUUAACAGACCUGUAUUUAAAGUUAAUAAGUGCUGACCUGUUAACCUUAACCAACCUAGCAGCCCGACGAUUUCCCUUUAUCUCUCUCACAUUCUAAUUCCAUCCAUCCUAUCCCUACCUAUCCAAUCCUGUAACGAAUAAGCAAAGCAUUGAUCAAGCUUCCUCGUUCACCCCUCUUCUAUUAUUCCCGAGCCAUCAUCAGUACCCAACAACUCAACUACAUUACAGCGCUUUCUUGAGUUUCCUCCGUUCAUAUUCCAUCCUUUCUUGAUAUCUAAGUAUCAACAACUUAAUCCUUGCUUAACUCUUGCGAUGGCUACCCAAGUAAACGGCGAAGUCCACCCCUCAUCCGCGACUCUGUCGCAUAUCACAGGAUACCCUGUCAUUAGCGAUGGAAUCGCCUACUUCAAAGGGAACCCUUACGGCCAGAAGUCGAUAGAGCUGAGCGACUCGGCCUACAAGACCUUUGCUAAGCCCGUCAUCCCUUACCUCUCGAAGCCUUACCAAUAUGUCUCGCCCUACAUUAAGAAGGCCGAUGUCAUUGGUGACGAUACCCUGUCCAAGAUCGAUGCACGCCUACCCGCCCUCAAGAAACCGACUCACGAAUUGUGGACUGAUGGCAAGAACUUCUUCCUCUUUCCCGUCCGCAAGGGUUACGAAACCAAGGACCAUGUCUUCGACGUUUACAGCUCCGAAUAUAAGAAAGUUGGCGGUGAAGGCUUGGUAACAUCCGGCAAGGCGCUCGUCUCGACCGGUCUCGUGGUCACCACCGAAGCACUCAACUGGGUUGGGGACUUCUUAAAAGCCAGAAAAGUGCAAGCCAAGGAAGCAAGCAACAACGCAACCCAAUAGGCCAACUGCCAAAUGGGGGACGCAUAAGGAGAUGAAAAGACAACUCUCAACACAUAUUUCCUUUCUUUCUUUUUGAUACCACGCUGCAUUUUUCUUUCAUUGGCCUUUUAACCAGAAAUUUCGGAAUCCGGGCUGGGUAUUGUGUGUCGGGCAACUUGAUGGGGGUGUAUCAUGAGGGCAUAUGGGCCUAGUCUCUAGGCAUUCACUUUCGCUUCGCAUCCUGGCGCAAGGAAAAGGAGUUUUACGUUCCGUGAGCAUAUCUACUCGAGGAGGUGAAAAUUCGAUUCGAUCAUCCGGUUAACUUCCGAUCAUAACCUUUGACACAGUCAAACUGUUGAUAAAUUUCGUAGGGAGGAAGACGAGAGUGUAUACGUACGGAAUGGAAAGGGACGCUGGCAAAGUUGAUUAGGCCGAGUCGCGCGUAAUUAAUGACCUGUAUGAGAAGAAACUAGAUUUCGAUUCUGUUACGUUUGUUUCCCAUUGUGCUAUGCUAUUUUAUCAUCAGUAGGUCUCAUAUUUGGUAGUCGACUAAAAGGAACCAGUGAAUCGACUUGAAUUAAGUGAGUAAAUAGAGUCAGCAAUGAAAAGCUGAUACCAAAUGGAUUAAGUUCGCCCAGCUCCGAGUCGUGAAUAAUUACCUACUUAUCUGCUGUAUUCUGUAAAUGAAAAGAAAAUAGCAUCUUUACGUAAUCGCAAGAUUAUUCUUUGCAACCGGCAGGUGCAGGUGACAACG